CCAGUCUGGAUUCAAGUCCUACUCUUGAGUUUUGAAGGCAAAUAUUUACGUCGACACUGCAUACUCAGGGUCUGUGACAUUGUCAGAGGUGCUGUGGUUUGAAUGAAACAUUAAGUUGCUUUCUCAAGUGAACACAAAUAAAGACCCCAUAGCACUGCUUUGAAGAUGAGCAGCUAAGAUAUUAUUGGUGUUCUAGCCAAUAUUUUGCCCUCAGUAAAGUCCCCCCCAAAAAACAGGAUAUGCAGGCAUUAUCAUAUCGAUGUUCAUUGUAAAUAAGUACUGGAGUGGAAGAAAGGAGGAUGAUCGUCCAGAACAGGACAGUCAUCAAGGCAGUCCAUGACAGAGCAGCUCAUGAGAGGGAAUUUCAAGGAUCAAGGAGUUCUUUUCAAGAUGAACUUAAAGCAAUUUUACGAAAACGCAUCAUGGUGCUAGAUGGAGCAAUGGGUACUAUGAUUCAACAACAUAAACUUGGUGAAGAUGAUUAUCGUGGUGAGGAGUUCAAAGACCAUCCUAAACCUUUAAAGGGAAACAAUGAUCUUCUCAGCAUAACACAACCUGACCUUAUCUGCAAAAUUCAUAAGGACUACUUGUUGGCGGGAGCAGAUAUUGUGGAAACAAACACUUUCAGUAGCACAAGAGUAGCACAGGCGGAUUAUGAGUUGGAACAUUUGGCUUACCGACUGAAUAAAGUCUCAGCAGAACUGGCCAGAAAGGCAGCUGAUGAUGUGGGAAUGCAAACAGGUACCCAAAGAUUUGUGGCAGGUGCAAUAGGACCAACCAACAAAACAUUAUCAAUAUCACCAUCUGUGGAGAGGCCUGACUACAGAAAUAUAACAUUCGAGGAAUUAGUUGAAGCUUAUGAAGAACAAGCCAGAGGCCUACUGGAUGGUGGUAUUGAUAUCCUCCUGGUGGAGACCAUUUUUGAUACAGCAAAUGCAAAGGCUGCCUUAUUUGCUAUUCAGCAGUUGUUUGCGGAACAAUAUGAAUCAAGACCUCUCUUUAUUUCUGGAACAAUUGUAGAUAAGAGUGGACGCACACUUUCUGGUCAGACAGGAGAAGCCUUUGUCAUCAGUGUAUCCCAUGCAGAGCCACUCAGCAUUGGAUUAAAUUGUGCUUUGGGAGCUGCGGAAAUGAGGCCAUUCAUAGAAGCAAUUGGAAAGUGCACAACUGCUUAUGUUUUAUGCUAUCCUAAUGCAGGCCUUCCCAAUACAUUUGGAGGCUAUGAUGAAACUCCUGAUGUCACUGCAAAAUACCUCAAGGAAUUCGCCAUGGAUGGGCUAGUGAACAUUGUUGGAGGGUGCUGUGGAACAACUCCAGCUCAUAUCCGGGCAAUAGCAGAAGCAGUCCAAAAAUGUAGACCUAGAAUUCCUCCUCCAUCUGUUUUUGGAGACUUCCUGUUACUGUCAGGUCUUGAACCGUUCAAAGUUGGACCAUAUACCAACUUUGUCAAUAUUGGAGAACGUUGCAAUGUGGCAGGGUCUAGAAAUUUUGCGAAACUUAUUAUGGCAGGUAAUUAUGAGGAAGCCUUGAAUGUAGCAAAAUCACAAGUAAAAAUGGGAGCCCAAAUCCUGGAUAUCAACAUGGAUGAUGGAAUGUUAGAUGGCAAGAGUGCUAUGACCAGAUUCUGUAACCUUGUAGCAACAGAACCAGAUAUUGCCAAGGUUCCAUUGUGCAUUGAUUCUUCUAAUUUUGCUGUGAUUGAAGCGGGCUUGAAGUGUUGCCAGGGCAAGUGUGUUGUGAAUAGCAUCAGUUUGAAGGAAGGUGAGGAAGACUUUCUGGAAAAGGCACACAUUAUUAAACGCUUUGGGGCUGCUGUCGUAAUAAUGGCAUUUGAUGAGAAAGGACAGGCAACUGAAACUAAUGAUAAAGUGGAAAUAUGUACUAGAGCCUAUGAGCUGCUUGUGAACAGAGUGAAAUUUAAUCCAAAUGAUAUAAUAUUUGAUCCAAAUAUACUGACAAUUGGAACUGGAAUGGAGGAGCAUAGUCUGUAUGCUGAAAAUUUUAUCAAGGCUACUUCAAUUAUAAAGAUAAAGUUACCUGGUGCUAGAAUAAGUGGAGGCCUUUCUAAUUUGUCUUUUUCAUUUCGAGGAAUGGAGAUGAUUCGUGAAGCCAUGCAUGGUGUGUUCCUUUACCAUGCUAUAAAGGCUGGGAUGGAUAUGGGAAUUGUGAAUGCAGGAAAGUUGCCUGUUUAUGAUGACAUAGACAAAGAACUUCUGGAGCUAUGUGAGAAUUUGAUCUGGAACAAAAAUCCUGCAGCUACAGAGAAAUUAUUGCAAUAUGCCCAGAAUCAUACCACUGGUGGGAAAAAAACUAUGCAUACUGAUGAAUGGAGGAAUGGUUCUGUUGAGGAACGGCUUGUCUAUGCUCUGAUAAAGGGUGUAGAAAAAUAUGUAGUAGAAGAUACAGCAGAAGCAAGAGCCAAUCAAGAGAAAUACGCCAGGCCUUUACAUAUAAUCGAAGGCCCUCUCAUGAAUGGAAUGAAAGUUGUAGGAGAGUUAUUUGGAACAGGAAAAAUGUUUCUUCCACAGGUUGUUAAAUCUGCUCGUGUAAUGAAAAAAGCUGUGAAUUACCUUAUCCCCUUCAUGGAGAAGGAGAGAGAGGAAAGACUGGCACAGUCAGGUCAUUCAGAAGAAAUGAGCCCAUAUCAAGGCACUAUUUUGUUAGCCACUGUGAAGGGAGAUGUUCAUGACAUUGGCAAGAACAUUGUUGGUGUGGUAUUGGCUUGCAACAACUUCAGAGUGGUUGAUCUGGGAGUGAUGACUCCAUGUGAUAAGAUACUGCGAGCAGCUAUUGAGAAUAAAGCAGAUAUUAUUGGACUAUCUGGUCUGAUAACACCAUCUUUGGAUGAGAUGAUGUAUGUUGCCAAGGAAAUGGAACGAUUGAAUAUGAAAAUACCUUUACUGAUUGGUGGAGCAACAACCUCAAAAACACACACCGCUGUGAAAAUUGCACCAAAGUAUAAUGCACCUGCUAUUCAUGUCCUAGAUGCUUCGAAGAGUGUUGUUGUGUGCUCUCAACUUUUGGAUGAUUACCUUAAGGAUGACUACUUUGAGGAAGUAACUGAAGAAUAUGAAGAGAUUCGACAGGAUUAUUAUGAUUCUUUAAUGGAAAGAAAUUAUUUAACAUUAGAGCAAGCCAGAAAUAGAGGGCUCCAUAUAGACUGGCUUUCUCAUCCUAAGCCAGUGAAACCAACAUUUAUUGGCACCCAAUCCUUUGCAGAUUACGAUUUACGGAGACUGAUAAGCUAUAUUGAUUGGAAACCUUUCUUUGAUGUUUGGCAGCUGAAGGGAAAGUACCCAAAUCGUGGAUAUCCCAAAAUCUUUAAAGAUAAAACUGUUGGUGAAGAAGCCAAAAAGUUGUUUGAAGAUGCACAGGAUAUGCUGAAUACGCUAAUUGAAGCAAAGAAAUUGACUGUCAAGGGAAUUAUAGGAUUCUGGCCAGCUCAAAGUGUUGGGGAUGAUAUACACUUGUUUGCAAAGGAUACUUACCCCCGCCUUGGUGAACCAAUAGCUAAGUUUCAUGGUUUAAGGCAACAGGUGGACAAGAACUCCAUUAGCACAGAGAAGUACUACUGCAUUUCUGAUUUCAUAGCACCUAAGGAUUCUGGCGUGCCGGAUUACAUCGGCAUGUUUGCAGUGGCGUGCUUUGGUGCCGAACGUCAAAGCAAGCAAUAUGAGGAGGAGGGUGAUGACUACAGCAGCAUAAUGGUUAAAGCCUUGGCAGACAGACUAGCUGAGGCAUUUGCAGAAGAGCUGCAUGUGAGAGUCCGGAAGGAAUUUUGGGGAUACUCCCCUGAUGAGAGCCUGGAUAUUGCUAGUAUACAUAGAAUCAAAUAUGUGGGAAUUCGUCCAGCUCCAGGGUACCCAAGCCAACCCGAUCACACUGAGAAAAUAACAAUGUGGAAACUAGCCAGUAUUGAGGAAACGACAGGAAUUACAUUGACAGAAUCUUUGGCUAUGACUCCAGCUGCAGCAGUCUCAGGCUUUUAUUUUUCCAGUCCACAAUCUAUGUAUUUUGCUGUUGGAAAAAUUACGAAGGAACAGGUUGAGGAUUAUGCAGCCAGAAAACAGAUGAAAGUAGAAGAGGUUGAGAAAUGGCUGGGACCCAUUUUAGGAUAUGAGACUGACUGAUAGAUUUUUAAUACAAAUCGUGAUGAGAUGCCAUAAAGUUGGUCUUAUGCACAGAUUUGUGUCUUACUGCAUUUUUUCAUGUUACAAAAUGUCUAUGCAUAAAAAAUUCUUGAAAGUAGUUUAGGAUCACACUUGUAAACUAACAGUUUGGAACUCGAUCAGCCAUCUUAAUCCAUUUUAGUAAAAAAAUAGAAUUUAGGAGUUUAAGAAUAUGCACUUUUUCUCUCAAGGCUUCACUUCCUUUAAAUUAUUCCCAGAGACAAUACUUCCAGUUCCUGGCAGAGUAUUCAUCUAGUUCCCAGGCUACUUACUUUAGUAUUGAAUAUUGCUGAGAGUGUAACUUACCAAAUAUUUCACUGAUCACCCAGUUUCCAAUGUUCUCAAUUAGUAGCAGUUGCUACUAGUUUCAGACAAUUAAAAAAAAUUCAACUAAAGAAGUAACAUUAACAAACACCUUUGUGAAAAAAGUGGUCAGCCUAAAUGCUUAAGUUAAUACGGGCUUAAAUACAAAAACACCAACAUAUGGUAUCAUCAAAUAGUGGUGUCGAGGCUUUUUGUCCUUCUUCACUUUUGAGUAUUAGUAUAUCUUGUUUUGUGAAAGGUGACAGCAGAGCAUAGAAAUUGCCAAUUAAUUGCAUGCUUAAGUGGUUGCGUAUAAGAGGAAGGGUUUAAAACUGAUAUGGGCCAAGUGCUGGCAAAUGGGACCAGGUUAAUUUUGGAUAUUUGGUUGGCCUAGAUGAGUUGGACCAAAGGGUCAGCUUCUGUGCUGUAUAUCUGACUAUGAUCAACAUGAAUUAUUUAACUGUUUCUAAAUGGAUGAUAUUCCUCAAUUUUCUGGAGUGAUCAAUGUACAUAAUUCUACAUUAUGUGCUCACUAGCUCCUCUGGAUUGUAUGUUCAGUAUCAUUCUCCAAGCAAUUACAUACUUUUGGUAAUUUGGGCAAUGCUCAUGUGACUAUGUUUAUAAGGAGAAAAUUAGGAGUGGGGGGGGGGAAAAAGGAGAGAGAAAGUAGAACUAGCCACUUAUCCACUCAAACCUUAAAUCAGACCAGACUCCAUUUAGCUCACUUUCCCCAUAUUCCUUAAUUACUUUAGCUAACAAAAACAACAAUUAAUCCAUUAUCAUUUGCUAUUUACAGAAGAGAGUUCUUAAGUGUCACCCUUUGAGUGUGAUGUGUUUCCUAAUUUAACUUAAAAGAUUUAAGAGCCAGUCCUCUUUGAACUAAUCUCCUCAACAAAGGGAAGUACCAGCACAGCAUCCAGCCUGCCACUGUGCCCUCAGGAUCUUUCCAUUUUUAUGGUUAGAGAUUUUAUUUUUCCCCAUCUUGCUUGCCUAGUCCUGUAAAAAAAGUAAUUUGUUCUUCUGCCACAACUGUACUGAUUUACAUCGACAAGGGAUGAAAACCUUAACCUUCCUGUUCUACUUCCUAACCAAUUACCUUUUGCAUUCGUUCACAUAAACAGGAUUAAAAGGUAAAAACUUCUAUGCAAAACAAUAGGACCAUUGCAGGUUCAAUAUCAUUAAAAUGUGAAUGGCAUCUAGAAGUAAGCUGGGUUUAUAUUAACCUCUAGUCAUUUGUAUUUUAAUAUUUAUAAAUAUUACCUUGAAAUGGCACUUUUAUCAUGUGUAGAUCAGGUAAAAAACACUUUGAUGUUCAGAUCAAAUUUCUGAUUAGAGCACUGAAAUGAUUCGUUAAGCUCCAGGUAUUGGUUUCUAAUGAAGGUCAAGGGAAUUCUGGAUUCAAUUCUAAACACCAGAAUAUCCAGACUAACCCUUUAAGUUAUUAAACCAGAUACCUAAGAAACUGCCAAUAAACUGAGCAAAAUCUGGAUAUUCUAUUAAUAGCGCAAAGAUAUUGCACAACAUGUCUCCAAUCUCAAACUGAUGUUUUUAAAAAUAAAGUAUAUUUAAAGAGCUUUAGAAUUGCAGUAAAUGUUAUCUUUUGAAUUAUUUUACAAGUUUUAAACUAACCUGUAUUUUUAUUAUGUAU